UACAAUGGUGUCAACACAAAGCAAAAGAAAAAAGUUCAUCCUGUCUGCUAUCGCACUACUGAGAGCAAAUGGGUUUGAUGGGCUAAACCUAGACUGGAGAUUCCCCAGAGAAGCUGGAAGUCAACAACAGGAUAAUCAGAGAUUCACACUGCUGUGCAAGGAGCUCAAAGAGGCCUUUGUGGCUGAGGGAACAAAAACUAACCAUGACAGAUUAAUCAUCACUGCUAGUGUCUCUGCGGAAAAAUCAACCAUCGAUUCCAGUUAUGAAGUUGCACAAAUUGCCAUGUACCUGGAUUUCAUUAAUGUACUGACCUUUGACUUUCAUGGCCCCUGGGAAAAUGUCACAGGACAUCACAGUCCCUUAUACAGAGGAUCCCAAGACACUGGAGACAAAAUCUACUCAAACACUGCAAGUACAGGGAUUUAUAUUUUACCCACCUGAACACCUUUCUAUUUAUGUCCUCUCAUCUGGAUU